AUGCAGCAGCAACAGCAGCAGCCGCAGCCGCCGCCGGACACGCCGCCGCUGCCGCCGCCUCCGCGCCCCCGGCCCCGCGCCCCCCGGCGGUCGCCGCGGCGAGCGACCCGGCGUCUCCGCCGAGCCGCGGCCGCCGUCGAAACCCUCCUGUCGCGCUGGCUGUCGCUGCAAGUCCGCGAUGAUGACGUCGCUGCUGCAGCCCCCGCAGUACGCCUGCAGGCGCUGGAGUCGUACCUGGCGCUGCAGCGGCUAGCGGCGCCCACCGCCGCCGCGGCCACGGCGCGCCGCCCCGCCGACGACGAGGCCGCGCGACGCGGCCGCCGCCGCCGAGGCCUCCCUCGCCGACAUGGACCUGGGCGCUGCUGGACGCACGAGGAGGACGAGGAAGAGGACGAGGGGAACGAACGACGAGGACGCACGUCGCGCCAGCCGCCCGCCCGCCGCCGCGCCGCCCCCGCCGGAGGUCUCCACCUUCCUCGGUGUUUCCGGGGAAAAACUCCUACCCCGUCGCUGCUGUUGUUGAGCGGACGGCGGCGCGUCGUCGUCCCACCCCGCGGGGGGCCGGCCGGCCGGGGCGGAGCCGGGGCGGGCGCCUCCAGGGCGCAGGCCCCCGGCCCGUCCGCGGGCCGUCGCCGCGCCGUUCGUCGCCGGCCGCGCCGCCACUCCGCCUCAACCAUCCCACACACCAAAUCGCGGCCCAAGAAGCAGUUCAUCUGCAAGUUCUGCAACCGCCAGUUCACCAAGAGCUACAACCUGCUCAUCCACGAACGCACGCACACGGACGAGCGGCCCUAUUCGUGCGACAUCUGCGGGAAGGCCUUCCGCCGACAGGACCACCUGCGCGACCACAGUUCUUAA